ACACAGAACAGCUCCAUGUGUCCCUCCAUUGAUGACUUCCGUAAUCAAGUCUACUCUACGUCAUACUCCUUAAUAUUUGUGUUGGGUUUUGUUGGGAACAGCUUUGCCCUGGCGGUGCUGAUCAAGACGCUCCACCAGAGCUCUCCCUUCCAUGUCUACAUGAUGAACUUGGCCUUGUCUGACCUGCUGUGUGUCAUGACGUUGCCGCUGCGAGUUCUCUACUACGUGAGAAAGGGCCGGUGGGAGCAGGGGGAUUUCCUGUGCCGCAUCAGCUCCUACUUCCUCUACGUGAACUUGUACUGCAGCAUUUACUUCAUGACUGCCAUGUCCGUCACACGCUUCCUGGCCAUUGUGUUCCCCGUGAAGAACCUGCAGCUGGUGACAGUGAACCGUGCACGAAUUGUGUGUUUGUGUAUAUGGAUCUUUAGCAGCCUGACGUCCUCCCCCUUUUUGAUGUCUGGUCAGCAUGUUGACCCAUCAACAAAUAAAACCAAAUGCUUUGAGCCACCAAAGCAUGCAAGUAAUCGUCUGCCAAAACUACAGGCACUGAACUAUAUGGGCCUGAUAUUAGGCUUUAUCUUACCCUUCCUGAUCAUCAUACUCUGCUACGCUGGCAUCAUUCGCACCCUGCUUUCUCGUACCCCGGCUACUCGCCGGCAGCAUGGCUCAGCCCAAAAAGCCAUAAAAAUGAUUGUCAUCGUGCUGCUGACCUUCCUGGUCAGCUUCAUGCCGUACCACGUGCAGCGGACAAUCCAUCUAAACUUCCUGUCUAAGGAAGGCACGUCCUGCUCAGAGCAAACCUUCAUGCACAAGUUGGUUGUGGUGACUCUGUGCCUUGCCGCUUCAAACUCGUGCUUCGACCCACUGCUCUAUUUCUUCUCAGGUGAGGGUUUUCGCAGCCGCCUGUCCUCACUGCGCCAGACGAUGAGAAACAGCACCAUGCACCGUUCAGUCAAACUGAAACCCAUAAGCUCAGCAAAUGGAGAAAACCACCAGUUAGAUGCCAACUAAACUUUAACAGGUCCACCGGUUAUGGAACAAGCAGACCAGGA